ACAAAAUCAACUAGAAGGUUGGAAGGAAAAGAGAAGAACUGAAAAGGUGUUAGACAUUCGACAUGCACCUACUUCAUUUAUUUGCAUUUAUAUUCUGUGCCUCUCUUCUUUGUGCAGGGGUCAGCAGUUAUGAUGACUUUGGCAAAACUUGUGUUUUGUCUCACAAUGGUCUCAGAAAACUUCACGGGGCGCAGCCUGUCGCUUGGUCAGAAGAGUUAGCCGAGGAAGCCACGAAAUGGUGCGAAAAACUCGCCAUGCAGGACGAACUAGAAAACGACAACAGAACAAUGGACUCAAAAAACCGGGGAGAAAAUAUUGCUGCGACGUCUGACACUAGUUCUAAAAGUGGAGGUCCAAGUCCUGAACUGUGUGCUAGGGCUGUCGAUGAGUGGUACUCGGAAAUAGUAAACUACAAUUAUGAGACAGGAUUGCCUAAAUCCCCGGGACUGCCUAUCAAGCAUUUUGCUCAGAUUGUCUGGAACAGUACAUUUGAAAUUGGUGCUGGAACUGCUCGAUCCUCAGCUCAUGGUGACAUUGUCUGCGUUCGCUACAGUCCGCGAGGAGCUGAAGGAGACCCUGAUACGUUUAAAGCAAAUGUCUUUCCUGCAGAGGGUACUCUUCCAAGCAUCCCCACAGAAGAAGGGACCAAAUCUUUUGGUGCUCAACAAACUGGACAGACGGGAAAGUAUAGUGGGAGUAUUACCUGCGGUGUCGGUAAGAGGUCUCGCAUCGUCGGUGGGGAGCAAGCGAGGCCCUCUGAGCUUCCCUGGCAGGUUGGCUUUAGAUAUGAGAGUCCUUACGGCAGAACGAACAUUUUCUGCGGUGGAACUCUCAUCGAUGAGAAUUGGGUCGUGACAGCUGCCCACUGCUUUCAAAAGCCAAAUAAUGGUAUGACGCUUAAGGUCAUACUUGGAGAAUUUGAUACACAAAACGAAGAAGGAAAUGAGGUGAUAAUCCCUGCAAAAAAGGUCAUCAACCAUUCUAGAUACAACAAACGGACAAAUGAUAACGACAUAACUCUGGUAGAGUUGAGCUCAAAAGCACCAUUCAGCGACAACAUAAAGCCAAUCUGUAUGCCUACAAGUAGCACCGAUUUUCCAACUGCAACCAUGUGCACCGUGAGUGGCUUUGGCACAAUUCGGUCCAGCGGACCACAGUCCAGGUAUCUUUUGAAAGCAAAUGUCCCACUUGUCGACCACCAAGAGUGCAAACGAAGCUACCGGUCACUUACGGAAAACAUGGUCUGCGCUGGAUACAAACAGGGGGGAAUCGACUCCUGUCAGGGGGAUAGUGGAGGCCCUUUAGUGUGCCCCCAAAACGGAAAAUUUUACCUGACAGGGGUUGUGAGCUAUGGCAUCGGAUGUGCCAGACCAGGGUAUCCAGGCGUGUACGCAAAGGUUAAAAACUACCUGGACUGGAUCGAAACGACAAAGAGUGGUUAGUUAGACUGGAUACGUAAUGCUAUGAGACACAAUUUGAAUUAAAUUUAUGAUCACUUCAACGAAAGAAAACACUCCUUCAGUUUAAGGUGAACAUGUAAUCAGGUGAAGUUCCGUUGAAUGUACGUAAAUUAAACCAUGCAAAAACCUUUCUAUAA